AUGAAGAGGUCGGCGAGGAUAGCGCAACGACAGAUCCGCUCUGGACCAUCUUCGACCUACGCGGACACUCCCGCGAAGCGAAGAAAGGUCGGGGAGGCAGCGGAGGAGACUCGCAAGGCGUCGACUGUCGAAAAGCCAGUUGAAGACGAUGGCAAGCGCCUUGCCGAGAAAAAGUGGCAGGCAUGGUCAGCUCACGCGACGUCCUCUCCAUUCCCGGACUUCCCCCAUCCCACCCCUCAGGAGUGCGAGUCCGCCUAUCGCGUCCUCGACGACUUGCAUGGUGCAGCAGUGGAGGAGGAGUUCAAAGAUCCAGAAACACCCGAGACCAUACCUCACGUGCUUGACGCCAUCGUUGUAGCUCUGCUCAGCCAGGCAACGAGUUGGAACAAUGCUAAACGGGCUAUGAGAAGCAUGAAAGAGGUGUACGGCUCAGUUUUCGCAUACGAUGUCAUAGUGCCAGGUGGGCAGCAAAAGCUACAAGACACGAUCCAAUGCGGUGGUCUGCACGUCAGGAAAUCAAAACUCCUCAUGGGCGUGUUCGCGGAAGUCUGGGAGAGGCAUGGGAAAUGGGAUCUGGACCAUCUGUUCGACAAGUCAAACGAGGACGCCAUGAAGGAGAUCAUGAGCUACAAGGGUAUGGGCCCCAAAUCUGCUUAUGUGGUCAUGUCGUGGUGUCUGAAGAGAAACCCUUUCACCGUCGACACCCACGUCUAUCGCAUUGCUGGCCUCUGGGGAUGGAGACCGAAAGACUGCACGCGUGAGCUCACGCAGUCGCAUUUGGAUGCUCUGGUCCCGCAGGAGCUCAAGUUCAAACUCCAUUUCCUGCUCAUUCACCAUGGCCGGUCAUGUCCCGCUUGUCGCGGACAGAGAUGUGAGGUCCGGGAAAGGAUCAAAAGUUCUUAG